AUGGGGACUCCGCAGGGCACAGAAGAGCCACUGAGAAGUUCUGUAAGGAAACCAGCAGCUACUAGCACGCCGACUAUGGCUGAGCCGGGACAUCGGGAUUGGGGUACUAGCCAGGCGGGGGUAGGGACACAGAUUGAGGAAGUCACGAUCAAAGCUGGUAAUGACGAGACCACCCUGGUUGGUUUAUACCGCAGCCCUAGUGCGGAAACAUGGGAAGACGACCAGCUACUUGCCUUCCUAGAUGAAGUCACAGGGAAAGGUCAUAAACUCCUGACUGCAGGAGACUUCGAUGCACUGGAAGUGGACUGGGACAUACAAAUGGCCCCAGAAACUCAUUCGGGAAUAAGCUAG